AGGAGAUACCUGAAGGCAGUUUGAAAGAGUCUUAUUUUACAGAUUCUUAGUCCAAAGAUUUCAAAUUGGACAGAAGCAGCAGCAGCAAAGGAGAAAAGCCAAGUAUGAGUGAUGAAGAAACUAUCUUCUGACAUUUAACCUGGUGAGAACCACUGUUGAUGGUGAAGCCGCAUUUUCAGCAGGGAUCUGUCUGUUCAGCUUCUAUAAUAAAUGCAGUCAAAGGGGCAGUCCCUUCUCGUUGCUCACAGAGGUCUUGUUUUUGAACUUCACCCUCACAAAAGCGAUUUCUCAUCAUGCCAAACCAACAGAAGAAAAUCAUUUUUUGCACGGCUGGGGUGUUAAGCUUUGCGUGUGCCCUGGGCGUUGUGACAGCACUGGGGACCCCCCUAUGGAUCAAAGCCACCAUCCUCUGCAAAACCGGGGCUCUGCUCGUCAAUGCCUCUGGGCAGGAGCUGGACAAGUUCAUGGGAGAGAUGCAGUACGGGCUUUUCCACGGAGAGGGUGUGAGGCAGUGCGGGUUAGGAGCGAGGCCCUUUCGGUUCUCAUUUUUCCCAGAUUUGCUCAAAGCAAUCCCAGUGAGCAUCCACGUCAAUGUCAUCCUCUUCUCCGCCAUCCUUAUUGUUUUAACCAUGGUGGGGACAGCCUUCUUCAUGUACAACGCUUUCGGCAAACCCUUUGAGACUCUGCAUGGUCCACUAGGGUUAUAUCUUUUGAGCUUCAUCUCAGGCUCUUGUGGCUGUCUUGUCAUGAUAUUAUUUGCUUCAGAAGUGAAGAUCCACCACCUUUCAGAAAAAAUUGCAAAUUAUAAAGAAGGGACUUAUGCCUACAAAACGCAAAGUGAAAAAUACACCACCUCAUUCUGGGUCAUUUUCAUUUGCUUUUUUGUUCAUUUUCUGAACGGGCUCCUAAUACGACUUGCUGGAUUUCAGUUCCCAUUUGCAAAAUCAAAAGAAACAGAGACAACUAACGUAGCUGCAGAUCUAAUGUACUGAAAAGCAAACGUUUCUAUAAUUUUCUAAGUAAGGGAGUAGACUUGCUUUGGUCACUUUUGGAUAUGGUUAAUUUUGUCCAUCCUUUUAGACUGCAUAAACUAAAGCACCAGAACCCUCGUGACAAUGUUUACAAACUAUGUACUAAGGAUGCAGGCUGGAAAGAAAGGGAAACAGGAGGAAGGCCUUGGAAAGGUGUUUCACCUGGUGGGAAACUGCUUGAGCCAGGUCGUCAAAGGCAGUUGACUAGAAUGGACAAAUUGUUACCCCAUACACAUUAAAUGCAAGAUGCCUGCUCCAUCAGGGAGGAAUCCAAAGGCACAUGAAAUAUAUUUUAAUAAAAACAAAUACCAUUUCUGAUAUAUCCACACAUUUGUUGCCACAGAUAUCAGAAAACCAAGCUGGAAUUGUUUUCCUAAAAUGAUAAUGCAUUAAAUGAACAUCUAUAAAAUGUAUCAAUGCUCUUUUUGAAAAGUGUGUUUAAAGCACAGUCUUA